AUGGCACUGAAACGUAUCAAUAAAGAAUUACUCGAACUUGAAAAAGAUCCACCAGCUAAUUGUAGCGCUGGUCCUGCAACAAUAAUGGGACCAGGAGAUAGUCCAUUCCAAGGUGGUGUAUUUUUUCUUUCAAUCCAUUUCCCGGCCGAUUAUCCAUUUAAACCACCAAAAAUCACAUUUACAACAAAAAUUUUUCAUCCAAAUAUUAAUUCCAAUGGAGCUAUUUGUCUUGAUAUUCUUCGUUCACAAUGGUCACCAGCAUUAACUAUUUCUAAAGUUUUACUUUCGAUUUGUUCACUACUUUGCGAUCCAAAUCCCGAUGAUCCAUUAGUACCUGAUAUUGCGCGUACAUAUAAAACGGACAAAGAAAAAUAUAAUGCGACGGCGCGACAGUGGACUCAGAAAUAUGCUAUGUAA